AUGGCUAGGAAGAGACUUGCCACGCUUAAUAGGAGAUUCGAGAGGGACCAGGAACUUAAGGGUAAGUAUAAUUCUGUUCUCUCGGUAUACGAGAAACUCAGAUUUAUCACUGAGGUGACACCUGAUGAGUUAGCAGGUCCGUACCCAAUCUACUACCUGCCACAUCGCGCAGUAGUCCGAGAAGAUGCCGUCAGCUCAAAGGUCCGGCCUGUUUUCGACGCAUCGGCGAAGGGAUACAACAAGAUAUCUCUGAAUGACUGCUUAGAAACUGGGCCGUCCCUUAUGCCCGAUUUGGUGGCGAUAUUGCUGAAGUUCACAAGAUGGCAGGUAGCUCUGACUGCCGAUGUGUGUAAAGCCUUUCUCCAGAUUGGGGUUCGCCCUGAGGAUCAAAAUGUACAUAGAUUCCUUUGGAAUUGUAAUGGAAAGGUGCGUACCAUGAAGUUUCUGAGGGUAACAUUUGGAAACCGCAGCUCGCCCUUUUUGCUCAAUGCAACAAUUAAACACCACAUAGCAACCUACCCUCCAUCAUUAGUGGUGGAGGAGCUCUCAGAAAACAUCUGGGUCGAUGAUUGGCUCUCUGGGGCUGAUACCGAUCUUGACACGUGCCACUUGUUUGAUGACGGUUGUGCUAUUUUCAGUGCCGCUAAGAUGACAUUGGCAAAGUGCCAUUCCAACAGUCGCGUGUUACUUGACAAAUUCUGUCAGGACUCUGGAGACCACCAUCUCCAAGAUGAUGCUGUGAAGGUCCUGGGAAUGAAAUGGUUGAGUAUAGAAGAUAGUUUUACAUUUGAUGGUGCCCAGAUACCCCAUAGGUGA